ACUUUGUGGGUUGUCAGAGGUUGGUGGCUGCCAAUCACGAGAGAGAGAGAGAGAGAGGGAAGGGGGGUUAAUCUUGGGCUUUUCUCGCCUUCCUCUUUCUCUUCGCUGUUUCCUCUGCCUGGAUCUCGGUUUGGAUCUCCGGAGGCUCGUUGUUCAUCUCCCCUGAGGUCUUCCUGCGCGAAAGGUGUCCUGCUGAAAACUGGAACACAAGGGAAUGCUGAAAGAUGUGCUUGAACGCUGACAAACUUUUACCUAAUAUCAAUGCUAGUGUUGCUUCAGCUAAGCUCUUACUGUUCAUUCUUGAUGAGAUCGGAGGGCGCCAUGAUAUCCAGUCUCCGCUCCAUGCUCAAUGCCACAGUGGAGCUAGGAAUAUUCGAAAGGAUGUCGUGUUAGACCACGACAUCGGGGAAGACGGUUGAGAUACCUCACCCACGCUGACGAUCCCGCCCUUAAGAAGGUGCCAUCUCACAAGCGGGAGCACAUCAUAUUGGUUUUGUGUUUAGCUUAUUCAUAAGAUGGAAUUGGAAAAUAGAGGAACUGUGUUGAUGCAGAAGUAUGAGGUUGGAAGAUUGUUAGGGAAAGGUACAUUUGCCAAGGUUUACUAUGCUAGGAACAUAAAGACUUCUCAGAGUGUUGCCAUAAAGGUGAUUGACAAGGAGAAGGUGUUAAAGGUUGGGCUUAUCGAUCAGAUCAAACGUGAGAUAUCAAUCAUGAGGAUGGUAAGACACCCAAACAUUGUAGAGCUCUAUGAGGUCAUGGCUACCAGAUCUAAGAUAUACUUUGUCCUGGAAUAUGUGAAAGGUGGCGAGCUGUUUAAUAAAGUUGCCAAAGGCAAGCUCAAGGAAGAUGUGGCUCGAAGAUAUUUUCAGCAGCUGAUUAAUGCCGUGGAAUUUUGCCAUAGCAGAGGUGUCUAUCACCGUGAUCUGAAACCUGAAAACCUUUUGCUCGAUGAGAAUGGAGAUCUAAAGAUAUCAGAUUUCGGUUUGAGUGCUCUUGCUGAGUCUAAGAGACAAGAUGGCUUGCUCCACACAACUUGUGGUACUCCAGCAUAUGUUGCUCCCGAGGUGAUCAGUAGAAAGGGAUAUGAUGGAGCCAAAGCUGACAUAUGGUCUUGUGGGGUGAUUUUGUUUGUUCUCAUGGCUGGUUAUCUCCCAUUCCAUGAUUCAAAUCUCAUGGAAAUGUAUAGGAAGAUUGCAAAAGCAGAAUUUAAGUGUCCCUGUUGGUUCCCUUCGGAUGUUAGGAGGUUGCUAUCACGCAUUCUUGACCCAAAUCCUACUACCAGGAUUUCAAUCGCAAAGAUUAUGGAAAAUCCUUGGUUUGGAAAAGGACUUGAUAAAGGACUAAUUCGAAAUGGUGAAGGAACACAAGAAAUUGAUCAACCUGAUAUGAAUGAAGUUUUUAGCUCCCCUGACACAGAUAUGACCGAGGAGAGGCAGAUGAGGAAACUCACCAACUUAAAUGCUUUCGAUAUCAUCUCUCUUUCAGCUGGAUUUGAUCUUUCAGGUCUGUUUGAGGAGACCGACCAGAAGAGAGAAGCAAGAUUCAUAUCUGGUAAAUCAGCCGCUACCAUUAUCUCCAAGCUGGAGGAUGUUGCGAGGUUUUUGAAGUUAAAGGUGAAGAAGAACGACCAUGGAGUGUUGAUAAUGGAAGGAACCAAGCUAGGGCGAAAGGGAGUUCUGGCUAUUGAAGCAGAGAUCUUCGAGGUCACUCCAUCAUUUCAUCUGGUGGAGAUAAAGAAGACAAGUGGAGAUACUCUGGAGUACCAGAAACUGUGGAAUCAGGGCAUCAGACCGGCCCUCAAGGACAUCGUCUGGGCAUGGCAAGGAGAGCAGCAGCAGCAGCAGUCUUCACCAUGUUGCUAAAACCUCAACCUUCUGAUGUAGUAAUAAGAGUUCAUGCAUUUCAUGAUUAGGUGAUCUCCAAAAAUUCUGUAUGGUUGCCAUUGCUAUCUUUGUUUCUUGUUGUUGCUUUGCAGUCUCGUGAGAUUAUGAAUUUUCAUCCAAGUUGUCUAAACUGUUACUCUGUUGUCCCGUGCAUGUAAACUUCAUUUAACUAGUUCGAGUGGUCCUGUGUUGUGUUUGAA